AUCCAAGCUGAGAGUACUUUGAACUCGAACUGGUUAGCUAGCUAGGGAGCCACUCGAACGAUCGCGAGCAGCGGCGGAGGCGGCAUUACCGGGCUCGGGAGCGUGGUGCGGGAUGGCGGGCCGGGAGCAGGAUGGCGACGGCGGGGAGGCGGCGGGAGGCUCGUCGGUGCUGUCCGGGGAGUACCAGGCGCAGGAGAUGUCGACGAUGGUGUCGGCGCUCGCGAGGGUCGUGUCCGGCGGCGACGGCGGCUGGGCCGACGACGGCUGGGAGGGCCACCCGGCAAUGGGGGGCUACGUGCAUGCGCAGGGAGGCUGCUAUCCCGCCGCGCCGACACCGGAUCAGCUCGCAGCAGGACAGGAGCGGCGGAGCCCGGACGUGCAGCAGAGCGCAGCCAUGGGGGAGCAGUACCCGCACACGUACGGCGGCGAGCCGGCGGCCGCCCCGGAGCAGGCGAGCGCGCCGGAGCGGCGGUACCGCGGCGUGAGGCAGCGGCCGUGGGGCAAGUGGGCCGCGGAGAUCCGCGACCCGCACAAGGCCGCCCGCGUGUGGCUCGGCACCUUCGAGACCGCCGAGGCCGCCGCGCGCGCCUACGACGAGGCCGCGCUCCGCUUCCGCGGCAGCCGCGCCAAGCUCAACUUCCCCGAGGACGCGCGCCUCACCGCCCCGGCGGCACCCACCACCGCGAGCGCGGCGCCGACGGUGGCCUCCUCGGCGGCCGCCUACCCCGCCGGCGCCGUCUCCGACUACUUGCAGUACCAGAUGCUUCUGCGCGCUGGAGGUGGCGGGUUCCCGCCGUACUACGGCGGCGGCGGCGGUUCCUCCUCGGGGUCCUACUCGUUCCCGGAGUCCUCUGUGACGGUGGCAUCCGUGCCGUCCUCUGCGUCCUCUGCUUCGGGUUACGGCGGCGCGGCGGCGGAGCACGGCGACGCGGCGCAGUGGGCGUGGCCCGCGGAGACUGCAUGGACCUACCCGGCGACCACGGGCUCGUGGUCCGGUUCGAGCCAGUAUCCGCCGCCACCUCAAUAGUGGUCGUUUCUUGUUUACUUUUCUCCUUCAAGAAAAAGAGUCCCUGUAACACUGGGAAAGCUAGCUCAGACGUGCGCCGAUGGUGUGAUGCCGUGCCGUUCAACGCUUGAACAUGCGCGCGUGCUGGAAGCCAGAGCACGCCACCCCACAGCACUGUAAUGUUCAUGUUCGUUCUUUCGCUUUGUUGAUGUUGAAAAUCAAGUUUCAUUUUCUUUUUAAAUGAAAACGAAGGAAGGUUUGGUUUUAGACCAACAUCUCCUCGCGUUUUGUCGCUGCAAUGAUCUGAUAAUAUCCUGGCAUAGACCUCUUUCAAAGGAAAAUAAAGAAAGGUUAUUCACAGUUGCAGAAA